AUGGCUGAUCAACUGAACAUGGGCGGCCUGAACCUUGGUCCCGACCAGCAAGGUCCUCCUGGCCCUGGUGGUCCUCGUUCCUACAUCCCGCCUCACCUGAGAGGCAAGGUCUCCCAGGGCGGCCCGCCUCCUAUGAAUGGUGUGCCAAAUGCCGCCAUGAAUGGCCUCAACAACAGCGCGUGGGCUGGUAACAACGCCUACGAUGCCCGUGGACCCCCGCCGCAGGGCAACUGGGCUGGCCCGCCGCCGCGCCAGCAGAACAACAACUGGGAUCGUCCCAACACCUUCAACGCCAAUGCCUACGGUGCUCCCGGCGGCAUGCCCGGAGGCGGUAAUCAGGGCGGCGGCGGUGGUGGUGGUGGCCAUGCUAGAGGCUCCGGGGACGGUCGGUGGCAGGACGGGAAGCACAUCCCUGGCCCCGCCAAUCCUCGGGCGGAGCGCGAGCUCUUUGGCACCCCUGAUGACCCGUCCAAGCAACACACUGGCAUCAAUUUCGAGAAGUACGACGACAUUCCCGUUGAGGCUUCUGGCCACGAUGUCCCGGAACCCGUACUUACCUUCACCAACCCCCCUCUGGAUGACCAUCUGAUCCGAAACAUCGAGCUUGCUCGCUACAAGAUCCCCACUCCCGUUCAGAAGUACUCUAUCCCCAUUGUCAUGGGCGGUCGCGAUCUGAUGGCAUGCGCCCAGACUGGUUCGGGAAAGACUGGAGGUUUCUUGUUCCCUAUCCUUUCCCAAGCUUUCCAGACUGGUCCGUCCGCCAUUCCUGCUGGCACUGGUGGUGGCUAUGGCCGUCAACGCAAGGCCUACCCCACGUCGCUGAUUCUGGCCCCCACUCGUGAGCUGGUGUCUCAGAUCUACGACGAGGCCCGCAAGUUUGCCUACCGGUCUUGGGUCCGCCCGUGCGUUGUGUACGGAGGUGCCGACAUUGGCUCUCAGCUGCGCCAGAUCGAGAGAGGCUGCGAUCUCCUAGUUGCCACCCCUGGACGUCUGGUCGACCUCAUAGAGCGAGGCCGUAUCUCCCUCCAGAACAUCAAGUACCUUGUUCUUGAUGAGGCCGAUCGUAUGCUUGACAUGGGUUUCGAGCCCCAGAUCCGUCGCAUUGUUGAGGGCGAGGACAUGCCAGGCGUCCAAAACCGCCAGACUCUCAUGUUCUCAGCCACCUUCCCCCGAGACAUUCAGAUGCUGGCACGUGAUUUCCUGAAGGACUACGUCUUCUUGUCCGUCGGUCGUGUCGGUUCAACCUCUGAGAACAUCACCCAGAAGGUUGAGUAUGUCGAGGACGUUGACAAGCGCUCUGUUCUCUUGGAUAUCCUCCACACCCAUGGUGCUGGUCUGACACUUAUCUUUGUCGAGACCAAGCGUAUGGCGGACUCUCUAUCCGACUUCCUCAUCAACCAGAACUUCCCCGCCACUUCCAUCCAUGGUGAUCGUACUCAGCGAGAGCGUGAGCGUGCCCUGGAGAUGUUCCGUAACGGCCGUUGCCCCAUCCUCGUGGCCACCGCCGUCGCGGCACGUGGUCUUGAUAUUCCCAACGUCACUCACGUUGUCAACUACGACCUGCCCACCGAUAUUGACGACUACGUCCAUCGGAUUGGUCGUACCGGCCGUGCUGGUAACACAGGUAUCUCCACUGCUUUCUUCAACCGCGGCAAUAGGGGCGUGGUUCGAGAGCUCAUUGACCUCCUCAAGGAGGCCAACCAGGAGGUUCCAGCAUUCCUAGAGACGAUUGCCCGCGAGUCUUCCUACGGAGGUGGUCGAGGUGGUCGACCGGGCGGCGGCCGUGGUCGUGGCCAGGGAGCCAACCGUGACUUCCGCAAGUUUGGCGGUGGUGGUGGUGGUGGCGGCGGCGGCGGCGGCUUCGGUGGAGGCAGUGGUGGAGGCUUCGGUGGCCCCCCACCGAGCUCUGGCUUCGGCGGCGGAUAUGGCGGAGCACCCAACCCCAGCUACGGCGGCGGCGGUGGUGGAUAUGGCGGCGGCGGAUAUGGCAACCCUGGCGGUCCAGGUGGCCAGAGCUCUUGGUGGUAA